AUCAAUGCUUAGCUACAUCUGUUUUCUAUUAAAUGUGUAAAGAAUUGAAUCUACGAUAAAUAACAAAGGACACAUAAUUUCAACUCUUUGUUGUGUUUUGUGAUUCAGAGACUGUUGGAUUAAGUCUGAAGUCAGGAUCUUGAAGUUUCAGCAUGAUGAGUCGUCCGCAGAGCUUCAUAGAAGGUGAAGCUCCUGACUCUCAGCAUGCAAAAUCAAAGAGAGGGUCAAAGGUCACCACAGAGAGAGUGGCCCUGCUGGUUCUCUGUAUCCUGCUGGCAGCUGCUCUCAUUGUUAUUUAUCGUCUCUCGUUUGACAAAAUUAGAACGAACAAAGAGCUCGAAAACCUGAAACAUCACAAAAUGAAGUGUGAAAGUAAUCUGACAGAUGAUCCUUGUUAUAAAUGUGAAGAAGGCUGGGAGCUACAUGGAGGAAAGUGCUAUUACUUCUCCAUCAGGAAAUAUUUCUGGAAACAUAGCAGAUAUGAGUGUGGAGUUAAAGGAGGAGACCUGGUUAAGAUAGACAGCAGAGAGGAGCAGACUUUCCUGGAGAGAAGACUGAGAGAUGUAAUGAAUGAAGCUGAGGACAAGUUCUGGAUCGGACUGACAGACUCAGCAGUAGAGAGCAGAUGGGUGUGGGUGGAUGGAUCACCACUGAAUGAAAGGCUGCCGUUUUGGAGUAACUACGAGCCAGACAACUGGACAGGGAGAAAUGGGACACAUCCUGAUGGAGAGGACUGUGUGAGCAUGGGAGAAAAAGGCGGAGCUAAAGAUCUGAAGUGUUGGUUUGAUGCAUUUUGCUCAAAGCCUUGCAGAAGUAUUUGUGAGAAAGCAGCAGUAAAAGGACAGAUUAAAAAAGUAUGUGUCUGAAAUUCAGUCUAUUAAACACCAGAGUGGAGUGAUGCAGUAACGUCACAAACAAAAAAAAUUAACAUAUUAAAAAAAUGUAACAUUUUGCAUCUGAUAAAUUUUUUUUUCUUUUUUUGAUCUGAUUAAUAUAAACAUGAAAUGUGGGAGCAUUUCUAAAAUUAAUUUAAGUGUUUUCAAAUGCUUUUUUCUUAUUUAAAAAUAUCCCAAAACAUUUUAGACUCCCCUGAAUGAAUGAAUAGUUCACUGAACUAGAGAAGAAACUAUGAAUUAAUUAUUAUCAGUUUUGCAGGAGAAAGGACGAAAGGAAGAAAUGUUGUGUUAAAAUAGAGCAAUUAAUAGAUGUUAGUGUGAAUAAAAGGAGUAACUGAGCAUUUCAGUGUUUGAUAUUUUGUCUGGAUUAGUCUGACACUUGGUGGAAGUGUUAAUUACUAAUAAACAGAGAAACACUUAAAUUGACAGUUUAUGGCCUUGUAUUGCUCAAAGAAGCGAACAAACAAGCAAGCAAACAAGAAGUGCUGUGACAAACUUAAAUUAGUAGCAGCAUUUCUUGUCAUAAAUCAUGACCUGUGUGGAGUUUAGCAGGAAAUAUUUACUCUUUAGAGAACCAUCAACCAUCAUUCAAAAAAAGUGCGCAGCUGGCUAAUAUUACAGCUCAGCUGAGGGGGACACCAUCAAUGUUUAUAUCCUGUCACACCAUCAGCGGCAUGACCUUCACCUCACAUGUAGAUAUGUAGGCAAUUCCACUACAGCACUACAGUCUAGAGGAACGGCAUCUGUUGGUUUAAUUUUCUGAUUCUGCUGCUUUAUAUUGAACGGAUGUUAAUGUUACUGUGUCCACUUUCUGCACUUUCCUGAACUCUUACAUCUGUGUCUCCUCUAAAUGUUAAUUAGGUGAAACUCUUGAUGCUCUUUAGUUAAAACUAGAGGGUCAGAGAUGGUAAAUAAGACCAGUGAGCCUUUUUCUGCUUGAUAAGAGGAUCACUGCUGGGUUUCCCACUCUGUAAUAGGCAUCACCUGAGGUUAUGUGAAAUCCACAAAAUGUUUCACUGUCCUAUUUUAAUGAAACUCUCGCUAAUCGAUGUGUACUUUUAAGGCUCACACACACACACACACACACACACACACACACACACACACACACACACAGAGAGAGAGAGAGAGAAAUCCAUACUGAUUUAGACUGAAGAUAAAUAAUCCAAGUCUGCCAAAAUUUGCAUUGUACCUGUCGUCUAUGCUCACCUGUGAAACUUGUAUUAGCAUCUUUGAGGUUUUCGAGUGCUUCUUUGAUUCUCAUGUGUUCAAACGCUGAUUCACUAAAAUGGAGAAACAAAUACUGAAACUUCUGACACUUUCUGCCUCUGGUCUGUGUUCCAGAUAUAGUGGGUGCAAAUAUGUUUAAUGUAAGCAGAUAAAACUGUAAUAACAGUAGGCUGUUUUCAUGUAAUAGUAACAUAUAACAGAUCAUUACCCAAAGCUGUACAUAAUAAUAAAUAAUAAUAUGUUUGCAAAAACCUAAAAUGUUGUCAUUUGGGCACUUGAGGGCAGCAGCAGAUAGCUUUUGUUGUUCUUUUCAAGUUUUUGGAUUUCAUGAUGAUUAUUUUUCCUGUUUGCUUCCUGUUUUUAUUCAGAUACUGAAAAGAGAGACUUAAUAAAACAUCAUAACAUAUCAUAAUAGUUUAAACCCUUA